AAUAAUUAUAAAAGAAUUUCAAGUGGUGAUAAGAAACGAAACACACAUGAACCUGAUUCCAUUAUUAACGUUUAUCAGAUUUUGAGAUUUAGCUUGUAUUUACCGAACGUGUUAUUGAUUUAUUAGUGUUUCACACAUUACGACAAUGAACCAAAUUUGUGUUGUUCUAAUAGUUGUAUUUAUUGCUCAAUGUAGUUGCAAUAUUUGUGACAACUUAAAUAAUUUAUCAAAAGACAAUAUCACCCAAGGAUGUUUAAACCAACUGGACUUGAUUUGUAAUAACGGUUCAGUUCUAUGGCAAAUGUUUGACGCUUCUUCGAAAUAUCCAAUCUCGGGCAUUUCCUACUCCAAUAACAAGGAUUUAGGAAAUUUCGACGAAUGCAUGAGUAUUAGCUACAAAUCGUUCGAUGGAGCAGUUAAAGGAAAAUUUUGUGCUUUGAGCAUUGCUAUUGUUAAUCCUUUUCUCAAACCAAUCCCCGAUCCUUUCAACAUCAUAACAAAUAAGCAGACAACUCUCGCUGAAGUUGUAACACCUAAACAAAUUGAUCGAAAUGUGAGAGACAUUGCCGAGAAAAUUACGAUAACUGUGCUUUCCUUGUGUAUUCCGGAUCAAUGUACACCGAGAGAAAUCGGAUUGUACUUCCUUUGGGGGCAGUUUGAAAGCACCAAACUUGUGAAUUUUGUCGAUAAAGUGCCUUGUAUGACCAAAGACUCGAAUAUUGAUUUCAAAUGGGGCGACAUUGUUUUCACGACGUUACUAGCAUUCGUCCUUCUUCUGAUUGUCCUCUGCACUAGCUACGAUCUCAUGAUCAUGAAGAUGAAGCGAGAGCCUAAACACCCAGUUUACGUCUCAUUUUCCCUUAUAACCAACGGAAGAAAACUCCUCAACGUCAAUUACAACCCAAGUCCUGACCAAAUCCAAUGUCUGAACGGAAUGAGAUUUAUUAGUAUGAUGUGGGUCAUAGCUGGGCAUAAUUUCGUGGCAGUUGAACAAGUACCAAUUAUUAAUUAUGCGGAAAUGAAAGAGUAUGCGGAUAAUGUUAAAGUGCAAUACGUUGCUUCUGCACCCAUAGCUGUCGACACUUUUUUCUUUUUGUCGGGAUUUUUACUGACUUUUGGGUAUUUAAAGAGUGCGGUUAAGAUGGGGGUUGGGGAGCAAAUAUCCAAAGUACCAAUGAUGAUAAUCCAUCGAUAUUUAAGGUUGACUCCAGCAGUGAUUAUGUUGUACCUGACCACCAUAACAAUAUACAGGAUGCUUGGAACAGGGCCUCUUUGGGACACUGUCACUCAGACCAUAAGCAAGCCUUGUGAGCAGUACUGGUGGCCGUUCCUUCUCUAUAUCCAAAAUUAUUACAAUUACAACGAUUUGUGCUUAACUCAUACAUGGUACCUCUCAGCCGAUAUGCAAAUGUUUAUUUUGGCACCUUUGGUCCUAAUUCCCUUAACAAUACUCAUAAAAUCAAAUAAGAGUUUUUGGGCGAUUGGUUUCGUUAAUGUCUUGAUUAUAAUCGCAGUCAUUGUACCUAUUGUCGUAAGACUUGAAGAUGAUACAAUCGACAAUGUUUAUGACACACAUUCGCGAUUCAAUUGCUACCUGAUUGGAGUGCUUUUAGGUGUAAUAAUGCGAGAGCCGAAAUUUCAAAAAUUUGCAUUUUCUAAAUUAGCAAAUUUGACAAUUUGGUGUGUAGUGCUAACAAUUUGUAUCACGUUCAAUCUGUACUAUCACAACGUUUAUCGCAUUUAUGAACAUACUAAAGACACUCUUUUCUAUGGGCUUUAUCGCCCAGUUUGGUGUUUGAGUCUGGCAUGGAUGGUUUAUUCGUGUCACCAUGGACAUGGGGGCCCUAUUAACUGGAUUCUGUCACUUCCAGCGUUCCAAAUUGGGGCCCGUUUGUCUUAUUGCAUGUAUUUGUUGCAUGCUGUUGUUAUCAUGUAUUGGGUGGGGAUUGUGAGAACGCCCUAUUAUUGGGGAGAUUAUGUGGUGUUUUACCUCUGGUGUGGUCAUUUCAUCACAACAAUGGUGUUUUCCUACAUUUGGAGUUUGGCGUUUGAGUCUCCAAUGAUUGUUUUGGAAAAGUGUUUCUGGAUAGGAGUUGACAAAGUUGUUAAAAUGAUAAAAAAAUUACCAUUUUUUAAAUAAAACAUUUUAGUUUUGAUAA